AGACUUUCUAUAAAAGACAGAUUGACUAAUGCAAAUGAGAAGCUGAGGCAUAUAAUAAGCAGCAGCAUCCUCGAUAGAGACUGACCCAGAAGGCUUCUCUAUUUUUUUAAAAGAGCUGUUUCAAAGUAAGGGCUAAUGGAGGAAGGAGUUAUAAGACAUUGGACUGACACUCCUGCUCGUUACCAGAGCAAACUUGCAGGACGAAAUCUCACAGAAUGCAAACUGGAUCAUUUGAUGUUUGCCCUCCCAGGUCCAACAAAAAGAAUUGUGACAGGGGACAAACUUUCAGUCAAAGAAUCAACUAAAUCAGUGGAGGGCACUGAAGCUGAAAUGUUGUUUCAAAUCAUGUUGGAUGUAGUACAGUUCCGCCCUGAAGAUAUAAUUAUUCAAGUAUUCGAAGGAUGGCUUCUCAUUAGGGCCCAGCAUGGCCGAAGAAUGGAUGAACAUGGCUUUGUCUCGAGGAGUUUUACAAGACAGUACAAACUUCCAGAUGCAUUACUACCAUCAACACUCCUACUAUCAACAUCUUGGGAAUUACAAUUGACCAAAAACUUUACAGGAUCAACCAUAAAAACGUUGUGGCUACAAGAGCAGGUCAGAUGCUGGGAAUUCUGCAAUGGUUAACUCACCUCCUGACUCCCUAAAGCCUUUCCAUUUUCUACUAUACACAAGUCAGGAGUGUGAUGGAAUA